GUUUCCUUUCCCACCAUCCGCACCUUACUCAUGACUGAUAUGCAAGAGGGGCAGAGCGGUACCUCUUGCGCUUCGUCAAUGCCCUCGUCAUCAUCAUCAUCAUCUCGGAUUCUAGUCCUCUCACCCUUCGCAAAGGAGGUGCCUCUCCCGUCCCUUGAGCAUCUUGUGCGAUCCAUCACUGCAGGCAACGACGAUGAGGAGGAGGAGGCCGGCGUCAAUGACGCGGCAUCAGCGGAUGCGGAGGAUGCUAGACAGCUCAGGUGGACUAUCGACAACCGUUACUAUACAGCAGAGGUCCACUUUCGACUCGUUGCUCUCGAUCUCGGCGAGCCGCGCCGGAUACGAAGACGGGCGAUGGCGGACAGCCGCAACGACGAUGAGGCGUCGGCCAGCGUAGACAGACUACGUCAGGAGCUCGAUGGCGUACCAGCUGUCGUCCUUGUCAUGCCUGGAAGACACUCGGUGACGGCCCAUGGCAAGGUCCUCGCCCAGUUGCAGGAAGCGACGAGUCAGCAGGACGAGACACAGCAGGACGACGAAGAAGAAGCUAGUAUGCCUAUGGGCUUCGAGCUGGGCGCAAGUGUCGUCGUCUGCCUGCCAAAGGUCAUGCAGCAGGCUGACCACGGUGUGCAGGGCAACGGCUCAAAGUCUGAUGAAGAGGAGCAAUUGCGUGACCUCUAUGCGGAGAAUGGCUGGGAAUGCAUCGACCUGGCGAGGGACCUUGGCGUCGGUGAGGACGGAGAGGAAGACGAUGCUGGGUCGGAGGGCGAUGACGGCAACGAAGAGGGCGAGAACGAGGCACAAGGCCUCAAGCGGGUGCGAGAAGCUCUUGAAGCUCACAUGUGGCCUGGCCUGCAGAGGAAGGGGCCGUCCUCAUCAAGAGAGCUGGGUGGGACAGCUUCAGCAGCUCUGGCUCGGUCGGUCACACAAAGAGGCGACCAAGAUGCAGACAUAGACGAGGCACUUCGUCGACUCGACCUGGACCUCCCACCAGAGCUUUCCUCGCAGACUGCCUCAUCCACCUCAUCAACAGCUCUCAACGGUCUCCUUUCAGCGGAUCGUGACCCUCUCAUGGGGGCGGCCGCCGGACAUUCGUCGUCUUCAGCGACAGGACGUCCCGACUCGAGCGCUCCCAUCGAUCUUCUGGAUGUUCAGCCAACUGUAGAGGACGAGGAACUCGCCCGCAAGUUCUUGGCGCAGAUCAAUGACUUGGAGCAACAACGUCCGCCGGGAGAGUCCAACGGCGCUGGCGAGGCAUCAACGGCGCCUGAGAGCGAAGAGGUGCGCCGUGCCAAGCAAGAGGAGGCUUUGAGGCGGCUUGAGGAGUUCCUGGAGAGCGAAGACGCUACAUGGGGUCGAGCCAGAGAUGGGGCAAAUGUGGAAGAAGAGGAGGACGGCCUAGGGACGGCAGCAGCUCGCCCUUCAGCCCUACACUUUGAAGACGACUUUGACGACUUUGUAACACCUCCUACCAGGGACAGGCUCAGCACAUCGGAGAAUGUGGAGGACGACGACGAUGACGAAGAGAUCUUAGCAGCGGCAGCCUUCGGCGGCACUGCCAACUUCGAAGGCUCAUUGCACCAGCUGCGCCUCGAGGCAGAGCGGGUACGGGGCAUGCCUGGAGAUCGCGAGGCCAAGGAGAAGGAAGCGGAGGAUGUCGUAAGAAGGAUGUUGGAGGGAUGGAAUCUGGACGGCUAGAUGCGACUGCAGGCCGAUUGUAUUUGUUCGUCGUCGCAGCAUAUAUCCUGAAGAUUGAGAUGGG